UUGCAGAAGGCGGUGGCCGAGGGGGAAGAAGAAGGAGUAGAGCUUCUAUCCUCCAAACGAUACCAACUUCACGACGGCCUCAUUAAGCGCGAGGACCGAGUGUUCGUCCCAGAACAUUUACGUCCACAGAUCCUGCGAUACCGCCAUGACGCAGCGACAGCAGGUCACUGCGGGAACCGAAAGACACUUGAGUUGGUUCAGCGCGACUUUGUCUGGCCUGGAAUGAGAAAGUACGUGGAGCAGUACGUCCACACUUGCCCAGUUUGCCAGAUGGUGAAGCAUGCGAGGCACGUACCAUACGGUCUCUUGACUCCUAAUGAGGCCGCAGACAAGCCUUUCGGCGACUGGUCCAUCGACUUUGUGACCGGAUUGCCAGAUUCUCAAGGGUUUAACGCAGUCAUGGUCUGCAUCGAUCGACUGACUCGAGUUGCACAUUUCAUUCCGACGACAAAGUCUGUCACGGCGGAGGAAUCGGCUCAGUUGUUCCUGGAGAAUGUCGUGAAGCUGCACGGCGUUCCGGUUCGUGUCUUGUCUGAUCACGGACCACAGUUCAUUGCAAAGUUCGGGAAGAAGCUAUGGAAGGCGAUGGACAUCGACCUCUCCUACUCUAGCGCGUAUCAUCCACAAGGAAACGGUCUUGUGGAACGGGUGAAUCAAGCGCUGGAGUCAUACCUGCGAGCGUACGUCAGUGAAGCCGAGGACUGGGCAAGACUCCUUUGGUUGUGCGAGUUCACGUACAACAACACGGUGCACGCGGCGAUCCAGUGCAUUCCGUUCAUGGCCAUGUACGGGUUUCAGCCGGAAAUGGAUGAGAUUAACUUCAAGUCGCCGAAGGCACCUCAAACGGCAGCUGAUCGCGUGGAGGAACUCAAGGCACUGCGUUUCUCGUUGAGAGCGAAUAUUCACCGAGCAAACAUGUCCGCAGCCAAGUUCUAUGAUCGGCACCACAAGGCAGCACCUCCGAUCACGGUGGGCAGUUUAGUCACAGUUCUGCGUCGCAGUCAGACUGCCGAACAACCGUAUGCCAAGUUGGCGUACGUACGCGAUGGUCCCUUCAAGGUCGUGAAGCAGAUCAAUGAGCGUGCCUUUGAGCUGGAUCUAGCCUACGCGAGAGGAGUUUCACGAAUGGAUCGCCGUCGGUCCAGGCGAAUCAUGUUCAACCCACGGCUAGUCGCACGCCCGCUGCUCCAGCUGGCCAAGCUCCACCUCAAGCUAGUGCGACACCCGUUGCUACGCGUUCAGUGGCAACCCCAUCUGCAGUUGCUGCACGUUCCGUAG